AUUUCCCUGAAGAGCAGCUGGAGAGCAGUCCUCAAGCCCUGUCUGUGCUAAGCAGAGGACAGCCAGCUGCACCACUUGCUCUAGCCUAGAACCACCCCCAAGCCCCGGAGGUAGACUGGAAUUUGAGCUUGAUUUUCCAGAGGCAGCAUGGACAUCAAGGAGUAUUUUGGCAGAAUUUCUUACCGUGGCUCCCACAAUAAGCCAGACCUGGCUACCAUGUCAGAUAUAUUCCUGCACCACAUCCAAGCUGUCCCUUUUGAAAACCUCAGCAUCCACUGUGGAGAAAGCAUUGAGCUGAACCUGGAAGCGACCUACAACAAGAUAGUGAGGAAGAAACGUGGGGGCUGGUGCAUGGAGAACAACUACCUUCUGUCUUGGGUCCUGAAAACUCUUGGCUACGACGUCACCCUUCUGGGAGCAAAAGUUUAUGUCCCAGAGCUCGACGCCUAUCCGGAUGAAAUCGAUCAUCUGCUGCUACGAGUGGAGCUUGAUGGCAAAUCCUACAUUGUGGAUGGGGGGUUUGGGAUGGCCUACCAGCUGUGGCAGCCAAUGGAGCUGAUUUCAGGGACAGAUCAGCCUCAGACUCCCGGGGUCUUUCGUUUUCAGGAGGAGGGUGGGACCUGGUACCUCGAGAAGGUGAAGAGGAAGCAGUGUGUUCUCAACCCAAGCACCUCGACUUCCCAAAAUGUGGAAAAUGAAGUUUGCCGUCGCAUUUAUCUCUUUACCCUUCAGCCACGAGACAUUGAGGAGUUCAGGGGCUGCAAUGCCCGCCUGCAGACAGCACCUGACUCGCUCUUUGUGACCAAGUCCAUCUGCAGCCUGCAGACCACUGACGGCGUCCGGGCACUGGUGGGGUGGAAACUCACUGAGAUAAAGUACAAUUAUAGGGACAAUAUGGAUCUUGUGGAAAUCAGAAUCCUUGCAGAUGAAGAAAUAGAGAAAACACUGAAAGAGGAAUUCAAUAUAACACUAGACAAGAAAUUUGUACCUGUCAAUACGAGCAGGUUUUCUCUGUUCUAACUCACUGCCUGAAUUACAUUUCAAUUCAGUGGCAUUACAGGCAAUUCUUCCCUCUCUUUCUGACAAGCAUCCAAAGGUUAAUCUUUCUC